AUGGCCGCGAUGUCAGGCGCCCCGCUACUCCUCGCCAACGCUACCCUCACCAGCAAGUUGCAAGACGAUGACCACAGACACGCAGAGCCUUUGAAAAAGAACAGGGAUUAUGAAUGGCAAGUGGUAUGGAGAAACGUGUUCGCAUUCGUAUACCUGCAUGCCGCAGCCUUGUACGGAUUCUACUUGAUGUUCGCCGGGAAAGUUAGAGGAUGGACCAUUUUAUUCGGUUUAGUAUUCGCGUUAAUGGCAGGUAUGGGCGUGACGGCCGGUGCACACAGGCUAUGGGCACAUCGCUCAUACAAGGCGCGCUGGCCUCUUCGGCUUUUCCUAGCUCUAAUGCAGACAAUGGCCUUUCAGAAUCACAUAUACGAAUGGGUCCGAGAUCACAGAGUUCACCACAAAUUCACGGAGACGGACGCAGACCCUCACAAUGCGAGACGAGGCUUUUUCUUCUCCCACAUCGGCUGGCUGAUGGUGCGCAAACACAAGGACGUGUUUGAGAAGGGUGCCACCGUCGACAUGUCAGACUUGGAGAAAGAUCCGAUCGUUAUGUUCCAAAAGAAAACAUAUAUGGUGCUGAUGCCGCUCCUUUGCUUCGUGAUCCCGGCCUGGAUUCCAUGCUACUUCUGGGGUGAGAACCCAUGGUACUCCUGGUAUGUGGCCUCCAUAACCAGAUACACCGUGGCCUUGCAUUUCACCUGGCUCGUUAACUCAGCAGCCCACAUCUGGGGCAACAGGCCCUACGAUAAAAACAUAGGCGCUACUGACAACAAGGCGGUCGCCAUCUGUGCGUUUGGAGAAGGCUGGCACAAUUAUCACCACGUCUUCCCCUGGGACUACAAAGCAGCUGAACUUGGAAAUUACAGCACAAACCUAUCUACUGCUCUCAUUGACUUCGCAGCUAAACACGGUUUAGCAUAUGACUUGAAAACGGUGUCAGCCGAAAUGAUCCGACAGAGGGUAAACAGGACAGGUGAUGGUUCUCAUCCGUGGACCAAGGACAGCCAAGAAGAUGGACAUUAUCAUCCUGAGAACCCAGUGUGGGGCUGGGAAGACACGGAUAUGACCGAGGAAGAGAAACAAUUCGCUGAAAUCGUCCACAGAAAAACUGAAUAG